AUGUCCAAGUUAUACUAUGAGCCCCUGAUCGACAAGAUUCGCACUCGUAUGAUUUCAUGGUCAAGCAAGUCUUUCUCCUUCGCUGGCCGCCUGCAACUUAUCCAAUCGGUCAUCGCUAGUAUUUCAAACUUUUGGUGCUCCGUGUUUAAACUUCCUAAGCGAUGCUUGGAGUCUAUUGAGAGGAUGUGCUUUGCGUUUUUGUGGUCUGGAUCACUACAUAGUGCCACAAAAUCAAAGGAUAUAGCAGCAAGCAAUCGUGGUUCGUGGAUAUGGAAAAAGCUUCUUAAGCUCCGACCUCUCGCAGCCACUUUCAUACAACACGAAAUCCAAAGCGGUAAAGACACAUUCUUUUGGUUUGAUGAUUGGCUUGGAAUAGGACCUCUCAUACGCAUCACUGGUGAUAUUGUGAUGGAGCGGAAGCUUCUAGGGAUAGAACUAGAUUCGUUGAUUCUGAGAAUACCUGGAAACUAG